AUGGACGCCGAGGAGCAGAUCAUGCCAUCUGGUGAAGACACCUUGGAAGUGAACUUCCAUCCCACUAUAACGCCUUAUAACACCUUUCGGUCUGGCCCUUUUGCGGACACAGAUUCGAGUUCCAACUACUCAGCCGCAACCUCCGAUUCUGAAGUGCCUAGCAGUGGCAACAGGCUAGAGCUUCAUGCAGCCUCGUCUACGAGAACCGAGCACGAUAGCGAGGAUCGUGCAGGUGAUGAUUAUGCACACCAGCGACGCGCCAUCGAAGACUUCUACGACUCCACCAGGAGCCACAUCAAAGAGCAUGCGCAGAAUGACAGCGAAGACGACGCAGAUGAUGAACUCGAUGGACGCAGCUUGGUCUCAAUGGAAACUCCCGGCGUAGAUGACGACCUGAAACUGGUGUCCGAUGUUGAGGAUACCAUCGAAAGUGGUUUGCCGCCACGGACAAGACUGGCCACGUUCGGGACUGACUCUCUGGAAGGGCGCGCUAGCGAGGAAUCUGAGAGUGACGAGGCCAGGCAGAGACAACGAUCAGAGAAUUUCGAAUCGGAGCGAUACGAUGCUGAGUCCAAUAGAAACCUUGCCUCUGCGUCCUCGCCAUCGCGGGCAUCAUACGACCAAACCCAUCUGAGUCCGCAAGAAGGACUCUUUACCCUACCGUCCAUUACGGAGGAGAGCCUACGAGUCUAUGAAGAACAGGCCGAGGGAGCUUUUGCCGACGAGAACCAGGCUUGUACCAACGAGCAGUUCCCUGCGUAUGAGGAUCCACCAUGCUCCUCAUCUGCUGAGCUGCAUGGACUCGAGAUUGACCGCAGGCCAUCCGAGACGCAAUCAGCUCCAGCGCCUGUAGAUCGUCGAGGUCGCCGUAUGACCAAGGCUGAAGACCAUCCGCGUCACUCAUCCUUGACCGACUUCUGCAGGAUGAAAGGCCGGACCAGGCGGCAGUCAUUCCUUUCGACCAAAUCAAGUCCAGCUCGACCAGCCAUGACUGCCAUCAGUGUCCGAACAGCAGACUCUCUUCGGGUCAACACUGUAUACGAGCACCCCAAAGCACGAUAUAUGCCUUCCCCUCCUUCCAAACGUCCUGUCAAAACAGCACAAACGUUCCAGUCAGAUCUAGGGCUAUACCAGAUGAUAUGGGAAGAGCUUCCCGAAUCUAGCUCGGGCGACAGCAGUAGUACAAUGCUUGAGCAGCGUGGUGCUAGGAACGCACUGGUCAUGCCCAAAGAUCAAUAUACCGACCAAUGCAUUGCGCCGACGUCAAUCAUGGAGAGGAUUCAGUCGAAAUUGACUGCAUGGACGUGUGAGAAGGAGCUGAGUAGUGAGAUUCCAGAAGAUGGACAUGGAUAG